UUUGUGUUUUUGAGGUUUUCCCUCUCUGAUAAGUCCUCUCUCUUCUUCCUCUUCUUCUUUCUCUUGCUCAAAGAAUAACAACCUCCACAAGAUAUUCCAUCUCCAAUUCUCUCCUUCUUCGUUUCCAACUUCCUUGCUUUCUGUCCCCCUUUCUCUUUCUCUUCCUCUCUCUCUUUCUUCCGUUCCUUCUUUUUCAAGAAGAAGAAAGAGAGAGAGAGAGGUCACAUUCCAUGAUGGCUCAAAUUUAAAAUCUUCGUGGCCUUCAUUCAUAUUUCCAUUAUGUAACCAGAAAAGAGAAAAAAAAAAGAGGAAGAAAAUUGUUCAGACACCACAUGAAAUUGAAUUGAAAGCCUUUUGAUUUAUAUUUGAGACAACGAAAAAAAAUCCUAUUUGGCUCAUCUUAACAAAUUUUCAUGGAUGUUAUAAUUCUUUAGGUGGAACUUAUAUGGAAAAGGAAGACCAAGCAAACUCACAAAUGGAAGUAAAAGAAGAUGCCGCCAAACAGGAUGGAGAAAAUCAAGAAACAGAGGAAGCAGAAGAAUCAAUGAUGUAUAAGAAAAUAAAGGGAUAUCUCAUUGAUGAGCAAGCAGCAUCACCAAGAGGUGUACUGGAAAUUCCCACAUCAGGUUCUUCAGAUUCUGAUCAAAGCAGCAUCAGCAGCGGGGAAAGGAGCAGGAGCUUUGGUUCCUCAUCUUUAGAUGAAAAAUCAGAAGCAGCAGUUGAGGGAGGCACAGGUGGUUCCAGCAAGGAUGGCCAUGUUGUGCAGUGGAAGAAUUUGUUUGAUAAUUUUAAGAAAAGAUCAGUAAGGAGGUUUUCGGUAGUUCCAUUGUUGUGGGUUGGACAAGAAUUUACGAAGAAAAGUGGGAGGAGAAAGCUGGGCAGGAACUGUAGUGCUGAGGAAAGCAUUGACUGUGGAGAUAUGAUUGUGCCUAAACCAUCUUGGAGGAAUUUUAGCUAUCAGGAACUGGCUGAAUCCACUGAUAAUUUUAGCUCUGAUAAGUUGAUUGGGAAAGGAGGACAUGCAGAAGUUUACAAAGGAUUCUUACCUGAUGGUCAAAUUGUUGCGGUUAAAAGAAUUACCAAGAAAGAGAAGAAUGAUGAAGAUAGAGUUGGUGAUUUCUUGUCUGAGCUUGGGAUAAUUGCUCAUAUCAAUCACCCAAAUGCAGCCAAGUUAAUUGGCUUCAGUGUCGACAGUGGUUUGCAUCUUGUCCUUCAGUUUCUUCCUCAUGGCAGCCUGGCAUCAGUGCUACACGGUUCAGCAGAGAAUUUGGAAUGGAAGACAAGGUAUAAGGUGGCCGUUGGGGUAGCUGAAGGAUUGCAGUAUCUCCACUGUGACUGCCAGAGGCGCAUAAUCCAUCGAGACAUUACUGCAUCGAAUAUAUUACUGGCCGAAGAUUACGAGCCUCAGAUAUCUGAUUUUGGACUAGCAAAAUGGCUUCCAGAGAAAUGGGCUCACCAUGUUGUUUCUCCCAUCGAAGGCACCUUUGGAUAUUUGGCUCCAGAGUAUUUCAUGCACGGAAUUGUACACGAAAAGACUGAUGUAUUCGCAUUUGGGGUUCUACUCCUGGAGCUCAUAACAGGUCGCCGUGCUGUUGAUUCAUCUAGACAAAGCCUUGUGAUGUGGGCAAAACCAUUGCUGGAGAAGAAUAAUGCAAAAGAACUAGCAGAUCCUUGUUUGGGAGGUAAGUAUGAUGCCACCGAAAUGAACCGUGCCAUGUUUACGGCUUCAACAUGCAUUCAUCACCUACCCAGUCUGCGUCCCAGCAUGAAGCGGGUUGUUCAACUAUUGAAAGGGGAAAAGGAAGCAUUAGAAGUGAAGCAGAAGUCUAUGGGGGGAAGAGCAUUGCUCUUGGAUGCUUGUGACUUGGAAGAAUAUUCCUGUACAACUUAUCUGAAGGACCUUAAUCGACAUAUGGAGCUUCUAAUGGAAUAAAUUCUCUUUGUUUUGGUUCAUGCUGCACCAGUGUCAUCUACUGCUGUUGAUUCCACUGAUGCUGUUGGUUACUGAAGUUGCUAAAACCAACCCAAAUGCUGUUUUGUACAUAGAAGCCUCAAUUAGUUUGAUAUCUUUUCAUGGUGACUAAAUGCUGUUCAUGUCAGCUGUGCAACAUCAAAUGAGGAACCUUUAUGUUUUUCACAUGUUCUUCGUAUUUCCAAGUCGUUGGUUGCUUUGCCAAGGAUAAAGAAGAAGUGCAUAGCAGCCAAAUGAUGCAGAGGAAAGGAAAUUGGUGUUACAACAGAUACUCGUUUACUUCCUUUUGUUGCAGUUUUCUGAAAUGAUGAGGAAUUUUGAUAACUAAUCAGAUGGGACUGAAUCCUGGAAGAGGCAA